AUGAGUGACUCAGCAGGUGCCGACAGGGCUGCCAGCGCAGCUGCAGCCAGGACUGUCAUUCUUGUGGAGUCGCCGGCCAAAGCCAAGAAGAUUCAGCAAUUCCUGGGCACUGAAUACCAGGUGCUGGCGAGCUACGGCCAUGUCCGCGAUCUACCAGCCAAGUCAGGGUCCGUACUUCCGGAGCAGGACUUCACAAUGCUGUGGGAGCAGUCUGCGGCCUCCCGGCCACGCUUGAGGGAGCUGGCCGCAGCCGUCAAGCAGUCGGACGUGCUAGUGCUGGCCACCGACCCCGACAGAGAGGGCGAGGCCAUCUCCUGGCAUGUCCAGGAAGAACUUCAGGCGGCCAAGGCACUGAGGGGGGUGGCGGUGCAGCGGAUUACCUUCACAGAGGUCACCAGCAAGGCCGUGCAGGAUGCGCUGGCGGCUCCGCGCACAAUCAGCCAGGCCCUGGUGGACGCCUACUUGGCCAGGCGAGCCCUGGACUACCUGUUCGGCUUCACGCUGUCUCCGCUGCUGUGGCGCAAGCUGCCGGGCUCCCGAUCUGCAGGUCGGGUGCAAUCGGUGGCGCUGCGGCUGGUGUGCGAGAGGGAGGCGCAGAUUGAGGUGUUCACGCGGCAGGAGUACUGGAGCGUCACGGCGCAGUUGCAGUCUGAGAAGGGUCCCCAAUUUGAGGCCCGCCUGGUUGCUGGGAAGAGCAUACCACAAGAGGGCCUUGACCAGGAGGCUGCAGCAUCUGCUGUGGAGAAGCUGCAAAGCGUGCCGCUACAGGUGGCAUCGCUGUCCCAGAAGACUGUGACGCGCAAUCCCCAGCCGCCCUUCAUCACAUCCACAUUGCAGCAGGAUGCAUCUGUGAAGCUUGGGUAUAACCCGUCCACUUCCAUGCAGCUGGCACAGCAGCUCUAUGAGGGUCCUGAGGCUUCAGGAGGGGAGGGAAUGAUCACAUACAUGAGGACGGACGGGCUGCAGAUGUCAGCAGAGGCAGUGCAGGAGAUCAGGAGCGCUGUCCAGGACAUGCAUGGCAAGGAGUACCUGCCAGCACAGCCCCGCAUCUACAAGAGCAAGGCAAAGAAUGCUCAGGAGGCGCAUGAAGCCAUCCGCCCCACAAAGGCGGCUCUGCUGCCGCAGAAGACCGCGCUGCAGCCGGCCUCGCAACUGUACCGGCUGUAUGCUCUGAUCUGGGCACGCGCCAUCGCCUCCCAAAUGGCCUCUGCAAAGCUUCUACAGGUGUCAGCUGAUGUGGCGGACAGCUCAGAUUUGGGGUUUCUGCUGAGGUCCACUAGCACAUCAGUCAAGUUCCCUGGAUACUUGGCAGUGUACCCCCCAAAGCGCCCCUCAGGUGAGGCAGCUGCUGAGGCUGACUCAGAGCAGGUCUCGACUGAGGAGGGGCAGCAGUCAGUGCUGCUGGGUCUGGCACAGGGGCAGCCAGUGAGGCUGCUGUCAGUGACUCCAGAGCAGCACUUCACCAAGCCGCCGCCGCGCUACACAGAAGCCUCCCUCGUGAAGGCUCUGGAAGAGCACGGCAUCGGACGGCCCUCCACCUACGCCCCCAUCCUCAAAGUCCUGCAGGAACGUGGCUACGUUAUGAAGGAGGGCAAAGCCUUGAAGCCAGAGAGCCGCGGCCGAGUGCUGACGGAGUUUCUGCAGGCCUACUUCCCCCGCUAUGUGGACUACGGCUUCACAGCCUCCCUGGAAGAUGACCUUGAUGAGGUCUCAGGUGGCAACGGGGUGUGGAAGGAGGUGCUGAGGGAUUUCUGGGGCCCCUUCCAGCAGCUGGUGCAGCAGACGUCUAACAUCAGCAUCACUGAGGUCAUCGAUGUGCUGGACCCACUCAUCGGCCGCCACUUCUUCACAGAGGGGCAGAGCGAGGAGGAUGCGCGCAGGUGCCCGGAGUGCGGCGGGCGGCUGGGACUGCGCCUGGCCAAGCACGGCGGCUUCAUCGGCUGUAGCGGCUACCCGGCCUGCACCUACCUGCGCCCCCUGCAGCUGCACGAGCCCGGGGAAACGCCUGCGGGGCCCGGUGAGGGUGAGCGGGUAUUGGGUGCGGACCCAGCAAAUGGCAGGGAGAUCAGAUUGGUCCAUGGGCCAUAUGGGUGGUAUCUAGAGCAGGCAAUAGGCCCCGAAGAGCCAAAGGAGAAGCCACCAGGCAAGGGGAGGAAGAGCGCUACAGCGAAGCCCAAGCGCGUGUCCCUGGGAAAGAGCCCCCAGACCCCAGACAUCAGCCUUGCUGAAGCCCUGGACUUGCUGCAAUGGCCCAAGGAGCUGGGGCCUCAUCCGGAGGAUGGUCAGGCGGUGACUGCAGCCAUGGGACCCUUUGGGCCAUACGUGCGCCACAACGCCAUCAACGCAUCCCUCCCCAAGGGUUUGAGUCCAGGGGAGAUUGGACUUGAGGACGCAAUUAAGCUGCUGGCAGAGAAGGUUGCCAAGGGGCCUUCAAGGAGGGGCAGACAGCCGGCUGCCAAGAAGGCUGCAGCCAGCACCAAGGCUGCUUCCAGCAAGGAGGCACCUGCCAAGGAUCCAGCAGGCGGCAGCAAGGCCAAGGCAAAGAGCGGCAAGGCGGCAGCGGCAGAUGGUGGAACUGACAAGCCUGUCAGGAAGUCCAGGAAACUGGUUGUUGCGUCUGAGGAUGCCGAAGGAGCGGCUGAUGUCAACCUCCUCUCCGACAGCAAGCCUGGCAGGACUAGGAAAGCGGCUGUGAAUGGUCACGUGUCGAAGGAUGAGGCUGCUGCUACGGUGGAGGCGCCGAUCAAGGCAAAGCGCGGCCGCCCAAAGAAGGUGGCGGGUUCUGAGCAUGACCAAGCAGCAGCUGGCGAUCUUUCUGAAGCCAAGGCAAACAGGAGUAGGAAAGCAGCUCCGAAUGGUCAGGUAUCACAGGAUGAGGCUGCUGCUGCUGCUGAGGAUGCGCCGGUGAAGGCAAAGCGCGGCCGCCCAAAGAAAAUCGAGUUGGCAAGCGCUGCUGCAUGA